AUGGCGCUAACCACUGGCGGAUACAACAACAUGUCAUCAACUCUUCGCCGGCAAGUUCGGGAACUCAAUGCAGAGGCUGAGUCGUUGCAAAGGCUCGAGCUGCGCAAAGCUGCAGAGAAGCUGAAGCCACAGGUCUGCGAGGUGUGCGGAACGGGCUACCUCGACCAGGAAGAGUACGAAGCGCAUUUGAACUUUCGUGUGCACGAAGGCUACAAGCAGGUUCGUGACAAGUUCGAGGUGCUGGAGAAAAAGCGGGCGCAGCGACCCCACAAGCCCAAGGCCCGGGCAUCAAGUCAGCCGAGCACGACACCAGAUCCCCCGAAGCAAGAUCAUCGCAAGACUUCGGAGCUCGAAGAAAGGUUGAAGCCGGCGGAACGCCACAAGCAGGCAGACGAGGAGGCAGUUUUCACUUUGGAAUGA